AUGACGAGCGCUUCUUCCUCCUUUGGCUGCUCGUGCUUCCUCCUAAAAGCGAAAGGAGGAGGAGGAUUACGAGUGCGAUUUCGAGCCGCUGCUGCUGCGGACGCGAUGAGGACGACGACAAGUGUUGACUUUGAUGAUGACGGGCAAAAAGUGUUGACAGUUGCUCGAGUGACGAAAAUUUUACGCACAGAAUCGAAGUCUCAUCCAACGUUUUAUCCAUCGAGACGGAUCAGAAACGAUGAGAUGAGAUAUUCGAGCGAUGUUUUUCAGUUUUCAGGAGAAAGAGAGGCGUUUGCGAAAACGCAAAGUCGGUUCGAGCGAAGGUUUUUCGCGGACUUGAAGGACGUGGAAUCGGAAAUUGAAAACGUGUCCUCGGUUGAUUUAAACGUGUUUUUGGUGCGAUGGAACGCGACGUUCGUGCCGGCAAAGUUAGUGUGGCUACAAAAUAUCGCGUUGAAUUGGCCGUUCGGUGACGUGGACAUCGAGAGAAAAGAUAUUUUGCAUAAAAUGGGCGAGACGACAAAGUUUACGUACGCGGCGUUGUUUCGGACGAUGAAAAGGUUGGCGACGGAGAAAAAGUUGACCAUUCCGGUGGCAAAGAUAGAAGGGCAGACGAAGAUGACGUUUGACGAGGAGGGCGAACUGUCGUCCAUGGAGGAGAAUUUGUCUCUGGUAAACUCGGUGAACUCCAACAGAGUAAGAAACAAGAGAAUUGCGAGAGAUUUGUUAGAAUUUCUGGACACGCGGAAACCAAUAGGCAUGGAUUACAAGUCGUACGACGAAAUCGUAGAAGCGAAGGUAGACAUUUACUCCGUGCCGGGCAUGCGGGCUUUGGACGUAGAUGGAAUGGAGGAUCAACAAGGUCAAAUCGAAGAUGUGACGACCGUCUUGGGUUUUAUGACGUUAGUUGUGCUCUCGUUUGGCGUGGGCAUUGGAAGUUGGUACUUCGAGGCGUUGCGAAAAGACGCGCUCAUGCAAAAGAUGUUGGACGCGGAUUUUUAG